UGAAUUAGUAUUCUAUUCUAUUCAAGUUCCCAGCUGCGUUUGUGUCUUUGCUUAUUAAUGAAACUUGCGAUAAUACCGUGUUACGUCACAGCGCGAGUGUUUCGGGGCCCGUGACGUCAUCUCGGGGACUGGGAGACCUGGUGAUGUCACGUUAAACAGGGAAACCUCACGUGCCUCCGGUGCGCCCUGUAAAAAAAAACCGAGCCCUAACGAUCUUCCGCCGAUAUUAACGCGCGCUCUCCGCGUCCGGCGUCCGCGGGCUUCUUAAAGGCGCAGCGACACCUGCGUUCGUGCGUCACACCGAGGUUCCCCUCGCAUCUCCUCCAGCGCCAGAGAGCAGUAAAGCGGGGAAAUAUUCGACGUUUGACGGCGGAUGAACCGUGUUUGAGGUUCGGGUGGAGUCGAGCCACAUAUUGAGCAGUGACACACUUCAGGACUCAAUCAUGAAGGACGGAAUGGCUAAUAACAGCACGGCCAGCAUCUCUCAGGCCCGGAAAUCUGUGGAGCAGCUGAAGAUGGAGGCCUGCAUGGACAGGAUAAAGGUGUCCAAGGCCGCGGCGGACCUGAUGGCGUACUGUGACGCUCAUAUACGAGAGGACCCGCUCAUCGUGCCCGUCCCGGCCUCAGAGAACCCCUUCAGGGAGAAGAAGUUCUUCUGCACCAUCCUCUGAGUUUGGGCCGGGCCGCAGGUUCUGUGUCCUCGUCUCUGGCUGCCGCCGUUGAGCUGUGUUUGAGCGGCUGUUGACGGUCCGAUCCCUCCUGGACGCCUCUGGGGUCAAUUAACUGGCAACCCAAUCAGAGCGUCUCAUGUCUCGUUAAAUAGGUUUGCUAUUACUUCGUCAUUAGAGAACAGCCUUUCUCACUGCUUAUGAGAGAGAGAUUUUUGUGUUUUUGUUCUGUUUGUGUCUCAGAGGAUGUGAAACCCUGAUGUUUUUAUGAACUUAAGCUGUUUGAUAUGCAUCACUGGUCAAAUGUUUGGACACACUUGAGCGAAUCGUCAAAAAAUAAAGCUUAUGCAUUAAUAAUAUUAUUAUUAUUAUUUUACUUUUAAUCUGAGGACAAAAAGGACAACUCAAUGUAACAGCUGUUACUUAUGCAUCCAUGCAUUAAUUAUAUUAAUGUAAAAAAUAUAUAUAUGUCAGAUCAUACAGUUGUCAUGAAGUCAUAAACACAAUCCAUUUUCCUGCUAUUGCAAAUAUUUAUUCCUUCAUAGGUUUAAUUUUAAAAAAAAAGUAAUUAUCUCCGUGUUUUGAAUGAUUAAAAUGAGAAAUUUUAUGAAUUUGUUUACAAAACUGGAAUUUGAUUCAAUUAUUUUAAAACUUUAAUUUGAUUGAUUAAUCUCCAAAACGAGACAGAAGAAGCAUGUUUUAAUCUCUGCAUUAUUCCCAGACUCCCAUUUGUUUUAUUCCAAAGCUUUCAUGACUAUUCUCUGCUUUAAUAAAAAAUAAUAAUGCAUCCGAACUUUUGUCUUUAGUGCUGAAAAUUCAGCUUUGCAUCAAAUGAAUAAAUUGCAUUUUAAAAUAUUUUCUAAUAGAAUCAGUUGUUUUCGAUUGUAAUAAUAUUUCACAAUAUUUUACUGUAUUUCUAAUCAAAUAAAUGCCUUUUGGUGCGUGUAGGAAUUAAUAUUCGUAUUAAAGUGCGAGCAGAUGUGUCCAAACCUCUGACGUGUCGUGCAUCUGUAAUGCGUUUCCAUUUGAAUGAUUUCCCAUCUCUCCCCAUUUUCCGCUACGAUGAUAUUUGAGAUAUUUUAAUCCGCUUAUGUGACUCAAAUCUUCUCCAGUUUCCAAAUGACAUUGUGAUACACAGAAGCGGAUCCCUCGGAAAGGCCUCCUCAACAUCUGUGCUGUGAAUACAGCUGUGAGCCCUUCAGACCUGAGAUAUUGAAUCUGAACGCAAACAUUCGACAGUAAUCCUCAUGAUGCUUUCUGGGAUGUGUUUUGUGUGUCCUCCACUCUACAAAACUAUUUUCUGCCCCAUUUGACAUAUAAAAUCCAGCGUGCCGAUAACUGUGAGUUCACAUUAUAUUCUUCUUUAAAACAAAGUUAUUUGGAUAUUUCACCUUCAGUGUUUAAAGCUGAAGCGUGUCAUUUCGCAAUCACAAACUAUUCUAACAGUUUAAAGUCAGAGAGUUUUCAACCUAAAAAAUAGCUCACUUUGCAUACACAUUAAAUAUGAAUUUUAAAGAAAUAGUGAACAUAUGCAUAUAAUUGACUCAUUCUCA